AUGAAAAACUAUGGAACUAGAAAACAAAGAGACAUGUACCCAUAUCAACAAGGCUAUGGAGGAUAUCCAAAUCCUUAUACUCAAAUGCAACAACCAAUGAAUCCUUAUUUGCAACAGCAACAACAACCAAAGCCACAAUGCUUUGGGCCACCAGGUGGACCUCAAGGCGUACCCCAAUCAACUACUCUUAACCCACCAGGAAGCACUUAUACCCCUUAUGGCCAACCACAAAUGACUCAAUCGACUUAUACCGCUCCUCCACAAAUGCAACAGUCGACAUACGCAGCACCACAAAUGCAACAACCACAACAACAACCAAUGUCUCAGAGCACUUAUGCAAGACCACAACAAUAUCAACAACCUCAACAACAACCACAACAGUACCAAAUGCAACCACAACAACAACCGAUGGAACAAGUCAAUUUGUUCCAAUUAAACCCACCCCAAAUUCCUGCAUGGGAAGUGUCCCCACAAAAGCCAAUGAUACAACCAUCUCCACAACUGUUACAGAAAUGGUAUUACCCCCUCAUUAAGUCAAUAAAAUUGGAACAAUACAAUAAGAUCUUUUCAUGGUUCAAUUUGGUGGACCAAGACAGAAGUGGGACACUCGAGAUUGACGAGUUGGGGAAAGCGACAUAUCCGGGUAACAUCAGAGUGUCACCACAAACUGCUUUGAGGUUCAUGAGAAUAUUCGAUACACAAAGGACAGGACAUUUGGGGUUGUAUGAGUUCAUAGGACUUUACAGAUUUUUGGAGAUAUGUUUUGUUGUGUUCAACACAAACCCAGGGAAUGGCCCAGAAACACUUAAACAACGACUCGUCGCAAUGGGGUUCAACCCAAAUAACUGCACCACUGCAAUUCUGUUCAAGACCUUUUCGUAUAACCAAGUCAUUGACUUGAACAAUUGGGUUGGAUGUGCUGCUUUUGUAUUGCAAAGUCGAGCUAUUUAUCAAGAUAUGUUGAGUGAAGGUAUGUUCAAGAUGGGAGAGAAUAGUCAAGACGCAUCAAAAGUACUCGACUAUGUUUCACUUGUUAUAGACAAAUAA